AUGAAGGGCCGGAUCCCCGUGGUGCUCCUGGCCUGUGGCUCCUUCAACCCCAUCACCAACAUGCACCUGCGCUUGUUUGAGGUGGCCAGAGACCACCUGCACCAAACAGGAACGUACCAGGUGAUCGGGGGUAUCAUCUCUCCAGUCAGUGACAACUACAGGAAAAAAGAGCUUAUAGCUGCCCACCACCGUGUGGCCAUGGUCCGGCUGGCGCUGCAGACGUCCGACUGGAUCCGGGUGGACCCCUGGGAGAGUGAGCAGGCGCAGUGGACGGAGACGGUGAAGGUGCUGAGGCAUCAUCACAGCGAACUACUCAGAUAUCUGCCCCAGGAGGAAGGUCGGGGCCAAGGCAGUGCUGUCUCUCAGGCACCCGCAGCUGUGCCUGAGCUGAAGCUCCUCUGCGGGGCAGAUAUCCUGAAGACCUUCCAGACCCCCAACCUCUGGAAAGACGAGCACAUCCAGGAAAUAGUGGAGAAGUUCGGCCUGGUGUGUGUGGACCGGGUUGGCCACGACCUGAAGAGGUACAUCUCGGACACGCCCAUCCUGCAGAGGUACCAACACAACAUCCUCCUGGUCAGGGAGCCAGUGCAGAACGAGAUCAGCGCCACAUACGUCAGGAGGGCCUUGGGCCACGGGCACAGCGUGAAGUACCUGCUCCCAGAUGCCGUCCUCGCCUACAUCAAGGACCACAACCUCUAUUCCAGGGGCAGUUCUUGCAAAGGCAGCAGCACCCAGAACAACGAAGGAGAGACAAGCUAG